AUACACGAACGACGGAUUCACCAAAUCCACGAUCGUCAAAAAGAAAAGCCAGCAGUCACUAAAUGCGUUCAGCUGCUGAUCGGCGAGUCCCGCCACGAAGAGCGGACUCGUUCGACAACAACAGAAAACUGGAUCCUGCAGGACCGCCCUUGCCGCCCAAAGUCCCGCUCCAGCAGCAAUCUAGCUCCACCGCCGGCCGCGCCAACGAUGAGAACGUGAAUCCGGAUUACAGCAGCAGCGCGAAGGAUUUUAGCAGGUAUGGCGGGCUUGUCGGGAGUUUACCGCCAACACCGGCGCCUGUGAAAGCGAAACCAGUCAGUACGCAUGCUGUACGCGCGAGUAAUGAGCAUCUCAGGCCGCAGCCCAAUCCUCAACCUCAACCUCAGAACAUGCUCCGGACGUGGUCCCAACACCGGCAGGCAUAUCGAGCGCCAAUCAACUAUGACGCCGAUAGCACGGUUGGAUCGGGUUCUGAUGACGAUGACACGCUCACGCACGUCUCUACCGGUACCGAGCGUCUGCCUUUCAUUCGAGAAGAGACUCUGGGACCGCCUUUUGAACGACGACCGAGCUCUAGACAACCUACGCAGGUGCAGCACACGAGAGAAUCCCAUGUCCCGCCUCUGCCUCCCAAGGGAACUCCAAUUACCUCAAAGCAGCCUUCCUUGAGAUCCUUCCAGCAGCAACAGCAACCUCAAAGUACACCGUCCCGACCGCUACCGAAGCAGUCGUCAACACCCCCGGUGUCGACCCCUCCUUCUGCUCUUGCUCAUCGAUCGCUGCCGACAACACCACAGUCAAUCAUCCAAUCCCCUCCUCUGAUCCCGCCGCACGCGACCCAAGGCAGAUCGCCCUCGCCCACGAAGCAGUACUCUCCAGCUAGUCCGUAUACCCGACGACCAAUUACUACGUCGCGUCAUCAGACCUUCCAAUCGACGCUGCCGACUACGCCCACGGGACGAUCCCCACCCAUGCCGCCAGCUCCUCAGCACGCGCCUCCGCAGCCUCCUGUACCUCCUCCGCACAGUUUCAAUAAGCUCGGGCUCGACUCUUUCAUCCCCGAGGACUCGCAAGACAGUGGACAGGACUCAGAAUGGGCACCGCGGGAAGAUCUGAAGUACAUGUCGUUAUCCGAUCUGAAGCAGAAACUGCCUUCUGCGCAACCUCAGCCUUACGCUGCACGUCCGUCACUCAAUCUCGAUACGACUACGAGGAUUCUGCCAAUGAACCCUAGUCUCACCUCGGUCUCUCCUUCGCGCUCUUCUCAUAGCUCGCCUUUGACGCAUCACCAUCUAUCUACCCCUCCUUCAUCUACUCGCGAGUAUGACGACUACACACGACUCCCUGCUGCCGCCGGCAUGCGUAUAUCAGACGUAUCUCCCACGCGCAGCGCAGGUUCAUACUCAAGCUCCCCAGUCAAUCUAUCACCCGCCCGGUCAAAUGACUCAAGCAGAAGCCCAAACUAUGGCUCCUCGCCCGGUGAAAUGAUGUCUGAUGACGAGCUCUACCAAUCUCGAGGGAGGUGGUCGCAGUACCAAACCCAGUCCUCGCCAGUGCCGUCUCCGCCGAGGCACAGCAGCGGAUUUGGUUAUGGCAAUCGCAACUCGACUGGAUAUUAUGACUUUGACAGCUCACCUUCGUCAUACGACAAUAACGCUUCUGCAAUCCCACCGACCCCGCCACCCCAUACUUCGUUCUGGAAAUCUGAUUCCUCCCCAACCCGCUCUCAUCAACCAAAUUAUCCCGCGCGGGCAAAUACUACGGGCAGAGUGCCGUUGAGUGCCGACGGAAAUCUGAGGGCGCAAUGCGUCAAUAUCGUCGAUUCGGUCCACCGACAGGAAAGAAGAGCGCACGGAUCACUUCCAGGUGGUAUCUAUGAGGAGACAGAUGAGGAAUAUGGGUCGCCGUUUAUGGCAGGAAACUUCCAACGAGACUUCUACCAGACAGAGGUAUACGACCCAGCAGAUAGGUCUCAGCUCGAUCUGUUUAACGACCCGGAAGAUAUGGAGUAUGAAGAAUAUUUUUUGGAAGAGGAAAACCCUCGAACUAGCAUCAUUCCGGUCGCAGGAACAAAAUACGAGUAUGUGCCGGAGCCUCAGGUCUAUGGUGAGGAGUACGAAGAGGGGUCGGACUAUUAUGAGCAGACGCCUGUACCAACGGCUCCUCUUAAUAUUGUCAAGCCACCUGCUCCCCCACCAAAACCUGUUCCGGCUUCGCCUGUUCAUUCUUCGCCUGUUCAUUCUUCACCCGUUCAUUCCUCGCCUGCUCAUUCUUCACCUGUUCAUUCUCCGUCUACUCAGUCCGCUCCGCCUCCGGAAUCUCGUCCCGAAUCACCGACCGAGUCAGCGACAUCGACACAUGCUGAUAAUAAUGCGAUGAAGCGGUACGGUCUACCGACGUCGAUUCCUGAUACGAGUUUCCGAGCCGGGUCGAUUCUCCGUCAUACUGCACCUUCAGACACUGAUCGCACAAAAGCGAACGACGACAGCCUACGACCGUGGGCGUUGUCUGAUGUCUACAGAUCCGUUCGAAAGAUUAUGUCACAGGAAGCGAACUUCAUGCGCGAAGAAACCGUCAUCAGCAGCAUGGGUGAGCUAUUCAAGAAGCAGCUGCCGAUGCUAAACACGAUUGUCGCUGAAGAUUGCGCGAUCGCGAUGAUCAACUCAUUCAUGAUGCAUGGGGUGAUGGAGCGGAUUGGCGUUCACGUUCGUGUGCCAGAGGACGACGAGAAAGAUUACCAGACAAAACUUGCAGAUAUGUCGGGCGUGCUUCCUUUGCUCGCCGGCCAUGGCUGCUAUUCUCAGUGCUGGCGAAUGAAGGAGAGUGGUAUUUCGAGCUACAGAUGCUACUCAAAGACGUGCUCGCUGACCGCCCGCAAAGCAGAGACGAGAAAAGUGUCUAUGAAGUCGUUGCAGUCGGCUGAUAACUGGUCCGAGGCGGUGCCGGAGGAUGUCAAGGCCGGGUUGUCAAAGACGGAGAUUGUGCGGCAAAACAUCAUGUUUGAGUUCAUUGCCUUGGAAGGACAGUAUCUGGCGGAUGUGAAGGCACUUUUGAAGAACUUUCGAGAUGUGCUGCUCACGCCAUCGGGGACCAGACAGCCGAUUGUCUCCAAUCCCAAGAAAUUUGUGAAGGAUGUGAUUCAGAAUUCGGAGGAGAUCAUGAAAGUGAACGACAAGUACCUGUACCAGCCGCUUCUCUUGCGACAGCAGGAGGAUUACGUCGUCAGUGGAAUCGGCGAUAUCCUCAUCAACUGGAUCAAAAAGGCCUCAGGCCCCUACAUCAAGCAUGGUUCAGGUCUCGGCCGAGCACUAGAGUUGUACAAUGACGAAAAGAGCACGAAUAUCAGGUUUGCGCAGUUUGUGAGCGACUUUCUUUCCAAGCACCCUCGAAGCGGUAUAUUGGCUGUUCACACGCGGUUAGUAAGAUAUCCACUUCUGAUCCGGCGGAUGAUUGACGAUGGACGGCCGAUGGCUAUGGAAAAGACGUUUCUCGAACGAGCUUGCGGUAGCUUAUCAGAGCUUGGCCAUAGUUUUCAGACGACGUUCAGUACUGCCCAGCGCCGAUAUAUCUUGCAAGAUCUUGAGGACUCGAUCCGAUUCCCAGAUUCGAGAUUCCGAAGAAAUCUAGAGCUGGACUCGAAGAACCGGAAGAUCAUGAUGCGAACCGCUAUGGAUAUACGGAUUGGCAAUGGGAAAAGGCAGGCUUUGUUUAUGAUUCUACUGGAUAAUUUCUUGCUCAUCACUAAAGAGAUUACAACAAACGUGAACAAAGUGCGCUACGACGUCGUGACCACGCCGAUCCCCAUCGAUCUGCUUAUCCUUGUCUCUGCCUCGGACGAGGGCGCGUCCACAUCAGGCUUUAUGAAUCUGCCAAAGUCGGCGACGAUGCCGAACCUCAGCGGCGCAAUGUCAGGUUCAUCAGCCGACGAAUCGACAAAGAAAGCCGAGAACAAGACGCUCUAUCCAUUCCGCGUGCGGUUCCUUGGUCGCGAUGGCGGCAUGUACACUAUGUAUGCCAAGACGAGCACGAUCCGCGAAAACUGGUGCAGCUCAAUCAUGCUUGCGAAGAACAAACACGCGCUAUCGCUGGUUUCGCUGCGAAGCGAGCCGUUUGCUUUAGAGGUUGUGUCGGACAUGGCUUUUGCGUAUGACGGCGCGCCUCCUGAGCUGCCGUUGAUGGCAACGGGUACCGCGAUCGAGCGCGCGCUGAGGAAAGCCGAGUCGGACCAGAGCAUACCGGCGCGGAGCACGGCGGAGCCUAUGAUCAAGUCGCGGGUGAAUUGCGCGGCGUCGUUUUAUACUGAAGAUCUAGGUGCCUAUGCGCGAGCGAUGACGUCUAACAGUCAGUCGCGAAAGGCGUUCGUGCUGGUCGGAUGCGAGUUUGGUGUGUAUCUGUCGGACGGUACGUCGCGACUAUGGGCUCCGGUGUUGGCGCUGCCUAAAGUUCGACAGAUACAAGUUCUGCCAGAGUUUGGACUUGCGAUUCUUCUCUCGGAUAAGACGCUGAUGGCUUAUAAUCUUGAAGCGCUGCUUGUUGCUAACCCGUUUGAGCUUGCGAAUCAUCUGCUGAGUCCCGCCGCUCGAGUUGAGAAAUGGCUGGCGACGAAGAAGGAGGCGGAAGUGCUGGCGCUGAUGCCGCAGCAGAUCAGCGAGACGCGCGAGAUUGCAUCGUUUUCGAUUGGCGUGCUGCAUGGCCGCACGGUGAUUGUUUGCCGCAAGCGGCAGCAGACGACGACGGCAGCGGGAUUGGUAUCUGGUGACGACGGCGUGUCUAUUUUGAGGGUGUAUGAGCCUAUCGCUGGAAAGUCAAUCACGUUCUGGGCUGAGGAUAUCGCGCAGCCUGCAAGUGAUGGAGCGGCAAGAUAUGAGCGUAUCUUGGGCUUGCGCGGGGAUGUGAAUGGGUAUGCGGGAUUGAAGAGCGGGAAAGACUUGAUGCGCGAGACAGAUUUGAUUAGUACACCCAAGCCAUGUCUUGACACUACGGUUCUGAAGAAGAUGAUUGUGCUUCACACCGUGAAAGGCUUUGAGAUUAUGGGGUAUCCGAGCAGACUAUCAGCGGCUGUGCCAGACUUGAAAACCGGGACAAACGACCAUAUCCGCAAGUUGCUAUCAAGCUCGCACGGCGGUCGCCCUGUACCACUUGGAUUCUUCAAGGUGUCUGAUAACGAGUUCUUGCUUGCGUACUCGACACUGUGUCUUAAAUGCGAUCGGACGGGCACGUUGUCGAAAGGACGAGUGAUUACGUUCAACGGACGGCCUAGACAGGUCACGUUCGCGAAGCCGUACAUCUUGGGAUUUGACAAGGACUUUAUCGAGAUCCGGCACGUGGAAAGCGGUGAAUUGAAACAAGUCAUCACCGGGACCGAUAUCAGGUUAGUGAGUGCGCAGACAUAUGUGGGAGCACCGAAUCGGAGAAGUGCGCAAAAAGCAGGGUUGGCGAGAGCAAGAGAGGAUAUUGUGUUUGUGAUGGCGCAUCCUGAAGUUGCGGGACGGCAGUUGGUGAUGAGGAUUGAUUUCAACCGGGAGAUGAUUGCUUCGGCUUGAGCUUUUUUUUUGUUUUUACAUUUAUACCUUUUGCUUAUGUGCACCGACAUUUUUUUCUUAUGUAUAGUUUGUAUCACUGGAGUUUUGCUUAUUUGCGAGUAUGGUAUAGGGGAUCUGUUGUAUAUUAUAGAAUAUGAUGGUGUAGAGGAAGACGAAAAGAGAUUAUUGCCAUUUCCCGAUCGAGGUGAGCCUCCGGCGGAAGCAUAAAUGCCAAGGACUUUGGGAUGUGAGAUAUCGCCCGAUAAGCGUAAUCUUGCUGAUUGCUGGUUUUAAAUGGUCGAUUGUCAAGUAAAUAGAGCAGAGGAUGUUUGAGAAGGAAUACAAUUGCGAUGGUAGAGGAUUAGUAGUUAUUAGACGUAGGAAUAGUAAUUGACAGUUGGAGGGGAGGUGGUGAAAUGAAGGAGGGCGACGGAAAAGCCCGAGGACUCAUCUUUAUCGCG